ACCAAUCCCGCUCAGAAGUGUCUGUCUUCUGGGCGGGGCUGGUGGUGGCAGCGGCCGUUCGCGUCUGUUGAACGGCUUGUGGGAGUCCUGCUGCUUCGGGCCAGGGCAUAAAGUCUCUGAGAGGAACGUGUCUGUCCGGGGAGGAAAAUGAGUUUAGCUCUGAGAAGUGAGCUUGUAGUAGACAAAACAAAGAGAAAAAAAAGAAGAGAGCUCUCUGAGGAACAGAAACAAGAAAUUAAAGAUGCCUUUGAACUUUUUGAUACAGACAAAGAUGAUGCAAUAGAUUAUCAUGAACUAAAGGUGGCAAUGAGAGCCUUGGGGUUUGAUGUAAAAAAAGCUGAUGUACUGAAGAUUCUUAAAGAUUAUGACAGAGAAGCCACUGGGAAAAUCACCUUUGAAGAUUUCAAUGAAGUUGUGACAGACUGGAUAUUGGAAAGAGAUCCACAUGAAGAAAUCCUGAAGGCAUUUAAACUAUUUGAUGAUGAUGAUUCAGGGAAAAUCAGCUUGAGGAAUUUGCGACGUGUUGCCAGAGAACUGGGUGAAAACAUGAGUGAUGAAGAGCUGCGAGCUAUGAUAGAGGAAUUUGAUAAGGAUGGUGAUGGAGAAAGCAGAGUGGACAGUGAGAGAGAGAGACAGAGAGAGAAAGGUCUUCCUUUGCCGCUGGUUUACCCUCCAAUGGCCGCCGCUGCAGCCGGCGCACCGCGCUGAUCCUGGCAGGAGCCAGGAGCCAGGUGCUUUUCCUGGUCUCCCAUGGGGUGCAGGGCCCAAGCACCUGGGCCAUCCUCCACUGCACUCCCUGGCCAUAGCAGAGAGCUGGCCUGGAAGAGGGGCAACCGGGACAGAAUCCGGCGCCCCAACCGGGACUAGAACCCGGUGUGCCGGCGCCGCAAGGUGGAGGAUUAGCCUAUUGAGCCACGGCGCCGGCUCUAGUAUUUUUUUUAAUCAUUUUCAAAAUUUUCUUUCAGAACUUGUGCUUUGUUAAGGUGUAUUAAUUCUUGGGGCCCAUGAACUCCACUGUUUCACUAAGUGGAAGCAUUCUUUCCUGUCGGUUUCUAUGAAUUGUUGUGUGUACAUUGGUUUUUAAAAAUUGUACUUAGUAAGAUUAUUCAAUUUUCUGUUUAUUUUUAAGUUGCUGACUUAAACGUUGUGCUUUAUAAAUUAGAGAUUCUUAAUGAAUUUUAUUGAUGAUUUUGCUAAACUAACAAAUGGUCUUUACCAGUGAUUAUUUCCUGUAUUUCCAUCUGUAUUUUAUAGUUGUUACUUGAUCAUUAAGAUCAAAUCUCUUUUAAAAAAUUUUAUUUGUUACACAAGUUUCGUGUAUUUUAUAUAUACAGAUUUAGGGACAUGGUGAUACUUCCCAUCUUAUACUCCCUCCCACCCAUGCUCCAACCCUUCCUCUUCCUCCCUUUCCCAUUUGCACUCCUAAUGUUUACAAAACUCUACACUAGGUAAAAGAGUUCAACAAAUGGUAUGAAAACAAAAAAAAAAUUAUUCCUCAGCAGAGGAGACAAGGGUAAACAAUCAUUGAAUCUCAGAAUGUCCAUUUCUCUCUAAUACAUACAUUUUAGGUACUCUGUUAGUUACCUUGGAUCAGGGAAAGCAUAUGGUAUCUGUCUUUUUGGAACUGACUUAUUUCACUAAGUAUAAUGGUUUCCAGUUGUGUCCUUUUUUUUUUUUUUUUUUUUUUUUUUUUACAGUUAAAUAGUACUCCACGGUGUAUACCAUAAUUUGUUUAUCUAGUCAACAUUUGAUGGACAUCUGGAUUGAUUCCAUAUUUUAGUUAUUUUGAAUUAUGCUGCAAUGAACAUGGGGGUAUAGAUAAUUAAAUAGGUCUUUUAGUCCAUUCUCUCUUUCCAGACCUUUGGGAACUUCUAAGACUCAUAUGUUGGGUCAUUAGAUAGUAUUCCAUAAAUCUUCAACACUGUUUUGAAGUUUUUUAAUUUCUUGUUGUUUUUGGUCUGAUUGAAAAAUUUCCAAUGAUUUGUCUUCUAGCUCAGAUACUCUUCUGCCUCACCAUGUCUGUUAUUGAGGCUUUCCAUUGCCUUUUUUGUUUGAUCUAUUGAAUUCUUCAUUUCUGAUAUUUUGUUUUGAUUUCUCUUUAAAAUCUUAAUUUCCUGGGAAAAAUUUUCAUUCACGUCAGGUAUGGUUUUCUUUAGUUCGUGGAUUUGCUUCUGAUUGCUUUUGAGUAAUCCUAUGAUUGAUUUUUUGAACUCUGUUUCCGGCAUUUCAUCAGUGUCUUUGUCUUCACAUGGUGUCUUUCUUGUUUUUAUUUCUUGAAUUUAUUUAUGUAUUUUUAGGUAUUUGUGGAGUUACUUGUUGUUUUUUUCCUCUGAAGGAUCUAGCUUUCAAAUGUUCCUCUGUGGCUUAGAGAAAUGUCUGCACUUUCAGUGAAUACCAAGAAGUGUAUGGUGGGUGUGGCCAGGGAGCUCUGAUCAGUGCUCCAGGGUGGGUGUGGUAGAUCUCUUGUUAACAGAAGGGGGAGAAUGGUCACUUCUGUUGGUGUGAUCACUCUUUCACCUCCUCUCCUCCAAGCUGCGUAAUGCCCAGGUGUUAGCCUGCAGUGGUUUCUACACUCAUCUGUGCUGCCUCUAAACCACACAAAUGAUCUGAUCUGCGCAGUCCUCACUCUGAGCAUGGGUCCUGUUGCAGUGAUCUGCCCCAUGCAGCCAAGGUGCUCCGAGCAUGUUGAGCUGCACUCAGUGAUUGCCCAAAGACCCAGUUACACACUGUACCCUCUGUGGUAGCCACCAAGUCCUCACAGUCUCAGCACACAAGACUCCCCCACUCACUGGGUGCAGAGGAUCCAGUCAUCAGAGUGGUAAAUCUUCUCUGAGCUAGCUCUGCCUAGGCGGCUUGAGCCCCAGAGCCUGUAGUAUUUGGGAGGCUGGGCAUGCGUCACAGUCCUAUGUGGGUGCCCAGCUAGCUGCCUGUCAAUCCACCCAGCCAGGCUCAAAGUCAGUGGGGACUGCGGAUUUUCCUCUCCUGUAGAAUCUCUGGAUCACCUGCAUAUGCAAGAACCACUGGCCGAAUGUUGCCCUCUCCCUGCUGAGAAGAUGUCGUCAUUUUUCAUCCAGUUGCUAUGCGUGUGCACAAAGGAUUCUGCAGCUUCUACCAAAGGCCAAUAUGGUGCCCGCCCUUUCUCUGCCAGGCAGUGCUUGCCAUUGUGGGGAGGAUAGGGGGAGAUAAAUGUGCCCCUUUUACUUCACUUCAUCUAGCCCCUAGGACUCCAGUCCAGACUCAUGCCACGCUCUUCCUCUGCUAUAUCACCAUGUGUUGCUGCAGUCUGGUCUCACCUCCAUCUCCAGGCUGCUGCAGUCAUGGUUGUUUCUGUGUUUGUUCUGCAGUUCACACCCUCCACACAGAUCCAUGGCAUUCCUCUUCCUUGUGUAGGAUUUCUCUUUAAAAUAGGCUUUUAAAGAUAUAAAAGUUAAAUGGUGCUGGCAUUGUAGCAUAGUGGGUUAAGCUGCUGGCAUCCGAUAUGGGCGCUUGUUUGAGUCCUGGCUUCUCCAAUUCUGAUCCAGUUUCCUUAGGCCCCUGCACCCACGUGGGAAACCAGGAAGAAGCUCCUGCAUCCUGGCUUCCGACCAGCCUAGCCCCAUCUGUUGCAGCCAUUUGGGGAAUGCACCAAUGGAUGGAAGAUCUCUCUUUGUCUCUCACUCUUUCUCUUUGUAACUCUGCCUUUCAAAUAAAUAAAAUAGAUUUUUAAAAAUAAAUAACUAAAUGGAUGUAUAAAAAUUCAAAAAAACAAUAUGACUUUUUUUUCUACUUUUGUUCCAUAGAAUUCUAAUUUAUAUCCAUGACAUGUUCAAGCUUGUUUAUGAAGAGAGAGUUUGCUAAAUAGAAAAAUAAAGAUUAUAAAGAUGGUUGUUUAGCCACUGUGUACAACUAUUAUAGUGAUGAUUGACUUUUUUGAUAACAGAAUGUUCUGUAUUUUUUCCAGUUACUAUUAUAGAAUAUUAAUUUAUAAUGUUUCUCACAUUUUAUGGGCUUUUGUGUUCAAGAAGUUCUAUUUAAUAAACAUUUAAUUUCCUAAAGUAAAAGUAGCCAUAUCUUGAAUUAAAAAUUUUGUGUAAUACAAAAAUUUUUGAGUAGUGUACAAUGGUUAUUGUAGUCUCUGAAAAAAUAAAAUUUCUGUAUUUUUGA